AUGGUGGAAUCCACUCUCUCUACCCGUGGCACGGCGGCAAGUAUCGCCGGUGCCGGGGAUGCUGCAAUAUGGGACGUAAUCUCCAACCUCUGGGAUCCCGCCAACAACCCCGAUGGCUACGUCUCACUCGGCGUUGCAGAAAACUCCUUCAUGCACGACGAGCUACGAGACUUUCUCAACUCCAAAUCCCUCAUCGAUCCCGGCGCAAAAGCCCUUACCUACGGCGAUGGACCUGCGGGCUCGAAACCGCUGAGAUCCGCCAUAUCCUCCUUUAUGAAUAACUACUUCAAUCCGGUCGAGCCAGUCAAGCUCGAGCAGAUCAUGGUUACGAACGGCUGUUCGGCGGCUAUCGAGCAUUGCGCGUGGGCUCUCGUAAAUCCGGGAGAGGGAAUCCUCCUGGGGCGGCCGUAUUAUCGCGCUUUCAUUCCGGAUAUGGGACUGCGACCUGGAGUGAAAACUGUUGCCGUGGCCUUUGGGAAGGUUGACCCCUGCGGUCCGCAGUGCGUGCAGAAGUACGAAGAGGCGCUGCUCAAGUCGAACGAGGAGGGCGUCAAGAUCCGGGCGCUCAUGCUGUGUCAUCCGCAUAACCCGCUUGGGCGUUGCUACUCCAAAGAGACGAUUAUCGGAUUGAUGAAACUGUGCCAGAAAUACAGGAUCCAUUUGGUGAGCGAUGAGAUCUACGCGCUCUCGGUGUGGAAGAAUACCGUGGAUAAGCUUGAGAAAGAGCCUGCGCCAUUCCACUCCGCACUCUCGAUCGAUACUGCAGGGAUCAUCGAUCGGGAGCUCGUCCACGUGUUGUGGGGCUUCAGCAAAGACUUUGGUGCGAACGGUAUCCGAUUAGGUGUUAUCGUGUCGCAGUUCAACGCGCCCUUUAUGACGGCGGUCCGUACUUGCUCGUUGUACUCGUCGCCCUCAUCACUCACGGAGAACGCCGCGGUGGCUAUCCUAUCCGACAGCGAAUUCCUCUCGAAUUACAUCAAAACGAACCAAGACCGCUUGUCAGCAGCAUACACGCACGCCGUGCGCACUCUGCAAAAGUACGGUAUCGAGCACAUGCCAGGUGCAAAUGCAGCGUUCUUCCUGUGGAUCAACCUAGGCAAGAAAUUCUUGGAGAACGGAGCUGCGAAAGAAUCGAUGGACGGCAUUACGCAGGCGAUAUUCAACAAGUUGAUAGCAAAGAAGGUCUUCCUCGUGCUAGGAGAUGCGACAGGAGCGGAGGAGCCUGGGUGGUUCAGAGUUGUUUUUAGCCAGAGGCCCGACCUGGUGGAGGAGGGCAUUAAGAGGACUGCUGAAGCUUUGGGGAUAAUUAAGGCAGGACCGCAAGUCUAG